CGAUCAACACCUCGAUAGUACCGCAUCUGCCUCCUUUACGCUUACGCCCCGGACUCGCGACUCUGGCCUUGUCGCGCUCCUGUGCUUUCUUUUUGCGCAGCUGCACUCAAACACUCUUGCGACCAUUUUACGUUGCGGAACGGCCCCGCUGCUAAGGCAAAUAUGGACCUCAAGAAGCGCCUCAAGUUUGGCAGCUUGAUGCGCAAACGAUCCUCGCAAGCAGCCCAGGAUGUCAAUAUCGAUACCAAUGCGGAUACGCCCGAGGCCAAUGCCACCAAGGGAGUGAUGCUCUUCUGCGAGUCUGGUGCCGCCAACUCGGGUGAAGAGGUCCUCCACUUGCCUACCAUUGUCGAGUCCGCCGUCGCAAGCCCCAACGCAGCCGCAGCCGCCGCAAGACAGAUCCGCAUCUUCCUCUCCAAGGAGAACUUCAACCGCCCUCAUGUCCAAUACAAUUCCGUCAUGCUCAUUAGGAUCCUGGCCGACAACCCAGGACCCUCCUUCACCAAGAACCUCGACAAGCAAUUCGCCGACACGGUCAAGCACCUACUUCGCCAUGGGCAAGAUCCGAGUGUCGCGCAAAUCGUCAAGGAGACGCUGGAUUCCAUGGAGCGUGAGAAGGCAUACGACACCAAUCUGAACACGCUCUUCGCCAUGUACAGGAAGGAGAAGGGCCUCAUGGCAGCUGCGGCAAAGCAGUUUGGUCCCCGGAAGCUGAAUGCGCCAGGCUGGUCGGGGUCACAGAACAUACACGGCGGCUUCGGUUCAGGCGGACAUAGGUCGUCGUCCAAGACGUUGCCGCCGCCUGUAGAGCUCGCGGGCCGCAUCGAGGAAGCGCGUACAUCGGCCAAGCUCCUCCUCCAGCUCGUACAGUCUACACCAGCAAAUGAACUGCUCGGCAACGAUUUGGUCAAGGAGUUCGCUGAGCGCUGCACGGCCGCCCAGCGCAGUAUACAUGGCUACAUCGCCUGCGACAAUCCAGCGCCUGACGAUGACACUAUGCUCACCCUGAUCGAGACCAACGAGCAGCUGUCCCUCGCUGCCUCCAAGCACCAGCGUGCCAUCCUUCAAGCUCGUAAAUUCAUGGGUGCAUCACCCUCUCCACCAGUACAUAAUGGAGCCUACGCGCCUCCACCCAACGGCAGCAGCAGUCCGGCUGGCGUGCCUGCGCAGUCUCCAGGGCUGUCAAAUCUCCCACCACACAACGACGCGCCUUCGCUGGCCCCUAUGAACUUCGGAACGACAGCACCCAGCCAACCGCCUAGCGCACCGUCUGCCAGCCAUGGGAAUGAUAACACCUCUCUUCCCCCGUCGCUGCAAGCUGCACCGGGCCGUACACAACCGAGCGCGCAAGAAGAGAAUCCCUUCGCUGAUCACUAUACGACGACCUACACACCUCCAGCGUCAUACCAAAACUCUACGUCGACGAACAAUUAUGGUGGCUCACCAGACCCAUACCACCCAGGCUUCCAGUCUACUCCAUCAUACCUCGGCCGGCAAGAGAGCUCUGCCAACAAUCUGACCAUGCACGGUGCGCAACCGACGAUUCAAGAAGAGGAUGAACACAUGCGUCCGCGGACCGAACGACCUCGGACUCCCGACCUCAACGUGCCUCAGCAACAGGCCCAUGACGUUUCGCCUGUCGCAGAGCGUAAUACCGUCACGUACAGAUACUAGGGAACCAUGGGUGGUAUAGCGGACUAGACGCGGACGUGAGAUGUGGGGUAAUGUUUGGCAGGACCGAUUUCAUUCUUGGAUCCGACGGGUAAUCCCGAUGCUUUGAAAUCGGUUAUCGCGAAGUGCACACUCUUUUUCUUGCGCAGAGUUUGACAACUCGUAGUUUACAGGGCGGUUUGGAGCGCGAUAGUUAAGACGAGAUACCAUAGUUGACUUUCAUCUGGAUUUAGAGUUUAAUGCUAUUCUACCAUGUUUUGCCCCGCACUUGCA